AUGAAGUAUUUUACAUCCGUCAUUCUUUUAUUAAUUGCCGCUUUUUUCGGGGCGACCGUCGAUGCUAUCUUAACAGGAACAUAUUUUGACCGAAUUGUAUUAAUCAUUUUUGAAAACACUGCAUACAGUAAAGCGAUAGCACAACCUUAUUUGCAAAAUUUAAUUAACAGUCAAAAUGGCCUUCUUCUUUCGAAUUAUUUUGCGAUUGCACAUCCGUCUCAGCCAAAUUAUAUUGCACAAAUUUAUGGUUCAACCGCUGGUGUCACCGACGGUGGCAUUUACAACAUUCCUGGCAAGAAUGUAGUCGAUCUUCUUGAAGCUAAAGGUGUCUCUUGGAAAGCUUAUAUGGAAGAUUAUCCUGGUAAUUGUUAUCUCGGAGCAACUUAUAACGGAUAUACAAGGCAACAUAAUCCUUUCAUUUCAAUGUUAGACAUAAGUACAAAUCCCAGUCGUUGUGCGAAAAUAGUUCCUGGCACCCAACUUGAUACUGACAUAAACUCAAAUCAAGUACCACAAUAUGUCUAUUAUGUACCAAAUAUAAAAAAUGAUGGACAGGAUACUGGUAUAGCAUUUGCUAUGAAUUGGUUUCAAUCAUGGUUUGAACCAAAGCUUGCCCAACCAGCUUUUACAACCAAUACAUUAUUCUUUAUCACUUUUGAUGAAGAUGAUGGUACUGCAAACAAUCACAUUGCCUCUGUUCUUCUCGGUUCUCCUGUUGUUCCUCCACCAAAUCAUACUGAUUCUACCGCCUACAAUCAUUAUUCGUAUUUGGCUACCGUAGAGAAGAAUUGGGUUUUAGGAAAUUUACAAAGAAAAGAUGCCAAUGCGACAGCAUUUACUCUAUAUCUAAAACAUCCUUAA